GUAAUUUCAUUACCAUCAAAACAGAAAUACUACCCGCCAACCCCAGCAUUGUCUCCUGCCAGAGGAAAUUUCCGAUUUGCCUACUUUCUCACUUUUUUCUCCUCCUUUCUUUCUCUUUCUAGUUAGUUUGCUUUCUUGCUUGUUUUGACAUAGAACCAUCUCCAAGCUCCUACACACUCUCCCUUUUCUAGUUAGGUUGGUGGGUUCUUUCAAUUUUUGUGUAUAAAGCAAGCAUCAUGAAUAAAGGAGGGAAUAAUAGUUGUGAUUACUCUUUCAAGAUUUUGUUGAUUGGGGAUUCUGGUGUUGGCAAGAGUAGUAUCCUUCUCAGUUUCAUCUCCAAUUCUAUUCACGAUCUCUCUCCUACAGUUGGUGUUGAUUUCAAGAUCAAGAUGGUCAAUGUUGGUGGGAAAAGAUUGAAGCUUACAAUUUGGGACACAGCUGGGCAGGAAAGGUUUGGAACAUUAAUAAGCUCUUACUACAGGGGGGCACAUGGAAUUAUCCUUGUUUAUGAUGUGACCCGCCGAGAGACAUUCACAAACUUGUCAGAUAUAUGGACAAAGGAAGUGGAACUUUGCUCAACUAAUCAAGAUUGUGUCAAAGUUCUUGUUGGAAACAAAGUUGAUAGGGAUAAUGAAAGAGCUGUAAGUAAGGAGGAGGGAAUGGCUCUUGCUGAGGAACAUAAAUGUUCAUUUUUGGAAUGUAGUGCUAAGACCAGAGAAAAUGUGCUGCAAUGUUUUAAAGAGCUCAUAUUAAAGAUAUUGGAGGUACCAAGUUUAUUGGAGGAGGGAUCUGUAGCCAUCAAACAACAGAUUUUAAAACAGAAAUCAGGAUACCAGGCACCACAUAAUGGUGGUUGCUGCUCCUAGAUAAAGUGCCACAAGGCUAAGGUAUGACAAACAGAAGUAUUAGCAAAAUCAAUGGAAGAUCCAUGACCAUUUGCGGUAAUCGGUAUUGAAUGGUCAGUCUCUUGGACAUUGUUCACACUCGAACGGGUUAAUAUGAUCCACAUAUACUCUAAGGCUCGACCAUGGUAGUUUGAGCAGUUCUAGGAGGUCGGCGCUUAACAUCUUGUUCAUGUUAUUCUUCCAUUUCUUUUUCUUUUCAAAGAAAGUAAUGUUUAGUUUGUUAGUGGUAUGCAUGUAAAGUUAACAUGUAAUGGUUAAAACUUUUGUACAAGUAGGAGAUGUAUACUUGAGGAAGAGCAGAUGUAUAACCAUUGCUGAAUGUGGGAAAUAAUAAAAAUCCUCCUUUUAGCACCAA